CUUCACGCCGCAUCUCAAUCUCACCGUCGACUAACCCACAGCCGAUCUCCGUCAAAAUGUCCUCCACCAAGAAGGCCUCCGGCAAGACCCAGCGCAGCGCCAUCGCUGACGUCGUCGCUCGCGAAUACACAAUUCACCUCCACAAGCGCGUCCACGGCGUUUCCUUCAAGAAGAGGGCUCCCCGCGCCAUUAAGGAGAUCCGUGCUUUCGCUGAGAAGGCUAUGGGCACCUCCGACGUCCGCCUCGACCCCCAGUUGAACAAGAAGGUCUGGGAGUCCGGCAUCAAGGGCGUUCCUUUCCGCCUCCGUGUCCGCAUCUCGCGUAAGCGUAACGAUGAGGAGGGCGCCAAGGAGAAGCUCUACUCCUACGUGCAGGCCGUCAACGUCAAGGACCCCAAGGGUCUCCACACCCAGGUCGUUGAGGACGCUUAGAUGCGUGUACAGUUUGGGAGGACUAGAGG